AUGUAAUACAAAUGUUUGUAUUUUAAUCCCAAAGUGAUGACAGUUCUGCACAAGGACCUUGUCACCUUUCUCGACUUGUGUGUGAACGAUGGGUGUGUUUUUCGAGGGGAGGUCGAGAGCCGAGUCUUGUUUUCAGUGUGGAAACAUGAAGCUUCUGCUGACCUCUCUACUACUUGCCUGCCAUUGCACUCUCUCAUCACGGAGUGAUGCGACCGACAUGCGUGUGAACCAGAGUCCUGGCAUUGAUGUCCUCGAGGGCCAGACGGUCAUCAUCAACUGCUGUUGGUCAGGAAAUCACCCCAGAGUCAAGGUCAAAUGGUUGAAAAACUCAGCCAAUUAUAAGGACUGCUCCCAUCCUCUCCAAUGUCGGCGAAAGGAUGCCGAGAAGUGUGUGAGCUUCGAAUUGUCCAACAUCAGUCGAGAGCACUCUGGCACAUACGUGUGCCAGGUCAGUACGGACAUACCGCUUCUGAAGGAGGCCAGAGGAAAUGGUACAGUCGUGAGAGUAACGCACCAAAGAUCAAAUGGCACAGCUGAAGGAGGUCGUACCAGGAGUCCUCUCUGGGUUCCACUCGGGAUUUCCUUGGCUUCGGUGGCUUUGUUGCUUCUCAUCGGGCUUACCUUCUUCUGCAAACUCAAGCAAACAAAAGGGUUUUGGCACGCAGGCCGCAUGCUUGACACACCUGUUUUAAGCAACGGAUGUUUGAACACAAAUGGUGUGAAGGUGAUCUACGAGAGCCCCCACUUGGACUCGGACGUCGGCGAGACGGCCAAACGCCGCAGCGGCGACUCGUCGCAGUGGUGCGAGGUGGUCGUGUACGAAUCCGUCGAUUACUUUGAGCCUGCGCAGACGAAGCAAAAUGGGUGAGGGCGCACGCGCUCAGAAGAUUCGCUUGCCUGUUUGCAUUGCUUCGCCUUUACUGCAUGUAUCAUCUCAAUACUAUACUCACGAAACGUGAAGGAAGUUGUGAAUUGACGACUGUCUCGGGCCGCGAGCUGGCGUUCAUGCCGUGCAGUUUCCAGACCAUGAUGCAGAUGGAAAGCGUGUGUUUGUGUGUGUGCGCGUCUGUGUGUGUUAUCUGCGGUCAUGAGCGGCAGGUCAGUGACAGGAAGUGGAAACAACAACUGUGACAGUUCAAGUCGUUUCUCUUUGUAACCGUUGGGCUUGUAUUUGUGCAGGUAAUCGUCACUGUGUGUACAAACGACUGAAUGAAAUGUCUUUGAAAAUAAAAAGCAAUUUCUUCACUUUUAAA